ACGCCUUGCAACCUGAGCAUAGCCUCACUCUCCUCCAUUAUAAGACCGCACCUCUAUCCGGACGAUCAAUCUCUUGAAUACUAGUUGUGUAAUAACUUGAACCAGCACCAUGGCAAGCGAAAAGUCAGAUACCCAGAAGCAGGAUGCCCAGAUUAAGUCGGCGGACAUGAGCGAAGAGAUGCAGCAAGAGGCCAUUGAAGUCGCGCAAUCGGCAAUGGAGCAAUUCACUAUUGAGAAGGACAUUGCUCAGUACAUCAAGAAGGAGUUUGACAGCAGGAAGGGUGCCACAUGGCACUGCAUCGUAGGCCGCAACUUUGGAAGCUUUGUCACUCACGAGACGAAGCAUUUCAUCUACUUUUACCUCGGUCACUGCGCAAUCUUACUCUUCAAGACACAGUAGAUGCACCAUCCCGGGGUGGAGUUCAUCGUCUAUCUACGAGCCAUGUCAUCUCUCGUUGCGAAAGAAUGCCUCCUGGUCCCAGAGUGAAGAAGACCGUCUAGUUUCAAGCCGGAGCUCAGAGUGUGUGCUCAACCUGUCUUCACUGUACAUGUACGAAGACUGUAUAUUUUCUCGGCACGGGGCCGUUGUCUUUUCAACGGGACUCGAGGGCUUUCUGCGAUGAAAUGGCGUCCUACCACCUAGACACGAUGAGAUCACCGCAUCCCAAUCCUACGACUGCGACGAGUCUCCUUCUCUGCAUCUUGAUGGCUUUGGAGGUCAACCUAGUGAUAUCAUAAUGAAACGAUUGUGCUCUUCUUGC